AUGCCUUCUGUGAUGCCUGCACGCGCGGGCUCCGCAUUGUCUGCACGGCCGCAACACGGUGGCGGUGGCGGCUUUACGUUGCCGGCGCGCUCUUUGUACGAUUCCGGUUAUAGAGGUCAGCACUUUGGCCCUUCCGGAGAGGAUUGUCCUCCAGCCCGUCCAGAGAUCCUGGAGCGGGCGAAAGAAGAUGCCAGGAUAGCUGAGGAACAAGGUGCAAGAUGGCACUCAAGAAAGGCCCUGUGCCAACUGGGCCCCCCAGGGCUGCCUCUUGGAGUUGUGGUCAUCGAGCAACGGUACGUGGACUUCCUGCUGGGUCCAGGAGGCCAGUCACUAGCAGCUAUCAAUCAUGCGGCCGGUGUCAAUGUAAUCCUCGACCAAACUCACAAGUUCUCGGGCUACUCCAUUGCCAACAUCUACGGUUCAGAGGAGUUGGGGGGAGAGCAAAAAUGA